AGCCGGGUGACAGGAAAGUGGAGAGCUUCAAAAAUCUAUAGUAGAAGAGCUGGAGAAUAUUUAAGUCUCAACAAAUGAAUUCCACACUUGAAUUCUGCCGCAUUCCUGUGCCACCUCCUCCUUUAGAAAACUGAUCUUAGAACAGAGGGAUAAAAGAGGAAUAGAGGGUAGAAGAAGAUGCUGGGAUCUGAACGUGGUGUUGUGGAAGAAUGGUUAUCAGAAUUCAAGGCAUUACCUGACACUCAGAUCACCAAUUAUGCAGCAACUUUACACCGGAAAAAAUCACUGGUACCAGCCCUCUAUAAAGUUAUUCAAGAUUCGAAUAAUGAGCUUCUGGAGCCUGUCUGCCACCAGCUGUUUGAGCUCUAUCGUAGCUCUGAAGUUCGACUUAAGAGGUUCACACUGCAGUUCUUGCCAGAAUUGAUGUGGGUUUAUUUACGGCUUACAGUUAGCCGAGACAGACAGAGUAAUGGUUGCAUUGAAGCACUUCUGUUAGGAAUUUACAAUUUGGAAAUUGCUGAUAAAGAUGGAAACAAUAAAGUUCUAUCUUUUACUAUCCCUUCCUUAUCCAAGCCCUCAAUAUACCAUGAGCCCUCAACAAUUGGAUCCAUGGCUUUGACAGAAGGGGCAUUGUGUCAGCAUGAUCUCAUCAGGGUUGUUUAUAGUGAUCUUCAUCCUCAAAGGGAAACAUUCACUGCACAAAACCGGUUUGAAGUCCUGAGUUUUCUCAUGUUAUGUUAUAAUUCUGCUAUUGUGUAUAUGCCUGCUUCAUCUUACCAGUCUCUUUGUCGGAUGGGUUCCAGGGUUUGUGUGAGUGGGUUUCCACGGCAACAUGAAAAACACUGGAAAGAACUCUGUGGUCGGAUAGUAUUGGAUCCCGAAUUCAUGGUGCAACUUCUCACAGGGGUUUAUUAUGCCAUGUAUAAUGGGCAGUGGGACCUUGGCCAAGAAGUCCUUGAUGACAUCAUUUAUAGAGCUCAGCUAGAACUCUUUUCUCAACCACUAUUGGUUGCCAGUGCCAUGAAAAACUCAUUACCAUUUGAUGCUCCUGAUUCUUCACAAGAAGGCCAGAAAGUACUUAAAGUGGAAGUCACUCCAACAGUGCCGAGGAUUUCUCGGACGGCGAUUACAACAGCUUCAAUCCGUCGUCAUAGAUGGAGGAGAGAAGAUGGCUUUGACUUCUCAAACGAGGCUGACUCGAGUAUUCCUGGCUCCCCGAUCCAACACGGCUCCACUGACCUAGGGAUCAAACGUGUUCAAGAGGGGGAGGUGCUGGUGCGCAGGACCCCUGAGCACGGCUCACCGGAGCCCAACUCAGCAGCAGCCACAACAGAGGGUGCUGAGGGUGUAAAUGGAGAAGAGUCGGUAAACCUAAAUGAUGCAGAUGAAGGAUUUUCAUCAGGGGCUUCCCUCAGCAGUCAGCCAAUUGGGACCAAACCAUCCUCCUCUUCUCAGAGGGGAAGCUUAAGGAAAGUAGCAACUGGGCGUUCAGCUAAGGAUAAAGAAACAGCCUCUGUCAUCAAAUCCAGUGAGAGCCCUCGAGAUUCAGUCAUUCGCAGGCAGUAUGUACAGCAACCAACUGAUCUCAGUGUAGAUUCAAUUGAGCUGACACCGAUGAAGAAACACCUGAGCCUGCCUGCUGGCCAGGUGGUGCCAAAAACCAAUAGUAUAAGUCUAAUCCGGACAGCCAGUGCUUCCUCAAGCAAAUCAUUUGACUAUGUAAAUGGCAGUCAAGCAAGUACCAGCAUUGGGGUUGGCACUGAGGGAGUUACUAAUUUAGCAGCUAACAAUGUUAAUCGUUACUCAACUAUCAGUCUACAGGAAGACCGGCUAGGUCAAGCUGGAGAAGGUAAAGAGCUCCUCAGCCCAGGAGCUCCCUUAACCAAGCAGUCUCGAUCCCCAAGUUUCAAUAUGCAGCUAAUAUCCCAGGUGUAGUUCUGACAUCCUCUCUCAUCUUUCUGCUUACCCUUUAAACUGAACAUUUCAUUGUAUAAGAAGACACUUCAUCCCACAUUGUGAAAAUAUUGGUCAUCGUAAUCAGAUUUGAUUUAGUUUAGGUAUCUUCAUACUGUAUUUUGUAUGGAAACAGCAAUAAGGUUUUCUUUUUCCUCCUUCCUCUAUCUUCUCUUCACCUUAUUCCUUGUAAAUGUGUUUGUGAAGCAGUAUAAAAUGUAUGCAUUUUCCAUGCCUUCCUUUCUCCUUGGGUGAUGUGCAAUCCAUCGUAGGCUGAUCGGUCCCAUUUCAACACUGUGAGACUGAGGAUAUGUUAGAGGAAAUGGUGUAUAUGAUCCCUAUGAAAUGAUUCUUUGGUUUUUGUUUAAAAAAAAAAACGGGUUUGUUCUCAUAAUCUAUAGAACUAUGGAGAUUACUGGAUCAUAUUUUUUUCUCUUUUAACCAGGAGUGCCUCAGAGAUUCUGCUAUGACUUUGGACUUCUCUGAGUCUGUGCAAUCAUUUUCUUGAGAAGCAUGGGGGAAGGUGGUAGACUGCUGCACUUUUCCAUUAAAAUGUGCGUGGUUCUUUUUCCCCCCAUCUCCUUUAUUUCGAGGACACAAAUGUUCAGUUACUGAGGCAUUUAAAUCAAGUUCUGGCCCCCUCCUUUGGAGGGCAGGGCUCAAAGUUGUUUGUGUAAUUGAUAAUGCACUUUCUCGAUGGCUCUACAGUCAUUAUUAACAUGUCUUCCCUCCUCCCCACAAGGACAUAGGUCAUUUCCGUCCUUAAAGUUUGAACAACUAACAAAUCAGAGAAUCCAAGGGGCAUGUUCUAUUUCCCAGGAAUGAUUGACACUUUGGUGCUGGGGUUUUGUGGGGGGGGAGGGGGUGGUUUUUGUUUAGCUUGUGUGGGACUGUGUGUGUGAGGGGAAGUUUUGAUAGGUUUUUUUCUUUUCCUUUGUGAGCUGAUGAUGACUGAAGUAGAACAAGUACGUCUUCAGGUAAAGAGAGGGAUUUCUCAACCCACUUUCUGUGAUGCUAGACUAUUGGAGAAACCCUUUCAGCUGCUUUCUAGAUGUACCUAAAUUCAGUCAGAUAUUUUGGAUUAAGAAACCUGAAGUCCUGAUAGAUCAUAUACUCCAAGGAAAUACAUCAGGGACAGAUAAUUGGCUGAAAACACUGAUGCUUCAACGUGACACAUUUUUAUAGAACAUUUCUACCGGGGGUACUGACUUGAGUUCUCCUACAAGGACCACACUGCCUUUGUGUUUAAUGUAAUGCAAUUUGUGUACCUUCUAAUCAUAUAUCUGCAAAAGUCUCUCAUUUUUAUAAAACUUUGCAAUCAUGCCAGUAAGCUAGAUGUUGAAUGUAUGUGAGUAGCAUUUGGUAACUGCUAAGAGGCUACAAAAAUGCAUUAUUAGUAAAAAAAUUUUUUUAGUUCUGAUUUGGUUGGGUAAGAUUUCAGUAUAAGUUCUUUUGGGUCUCAGGCUCUAAUGCUUGAUUAAAAAAAAGAAAAUAUACUAGUUUUUGAAAAUCAUGUAUUGUGACUUGAACUGCUAUGCGUUAUCCUUCCACAAAAUACAUCAGAGAUAUUAGUACUUUGUACAUUUAGACAUUUUUAUUUUAUUAUUGUGAAAGAAAAAUAUACUGAAUUUAUAGAAAGCAAGUAUUCUCCUAAUUAACAAAGUUUAAAAUAUUAUCUCUAUCAUGAUAAUUAAAAUCACAAUAGAUUUUGAUAAAGUAACCAGAAAAAUGCCUCUUGUUUUUUUCCACAUCUGAAAACCUCCCCCCUCCUCUUAUUUUAUUGUAAGAGCAUUUGUUUUGUUUUGGAGGGGAUUUUCUUUAGAAUCUUUAUAAGAACAAUGAGAUGCUUGUUUGAAUUUGGUGGUCUGUAACACUUUUCAGCUCAUAGAAAAUGGAAAACUAGAACCUGAACUAGUACAACUAGUACUACUACUACAACAUUGCCAAAGUCUGGGAUAAAAGUAAAAGUUUAUAAAUAGAAAUGUAUUGAGGUGUGUGUGUGUGUGUGUGUGUGUGUGUGUGUGUGUGUGUGUGUGUGGUGUAUAUGUAUAUAUCACAAAGACAUAUGUUAGAUAUCCCUUUUAAUUUAAGGGAUGUCAGAUAAAUGAGUUUGAAAGCAGCCAAAAUAAAUGAGGUAUAGAUAUCUAUUACAUACCAAGGAAAGCAAAGUUUCAGGUAGGAAAAGAAGAGAGCAUUGUUCUUACCAAGGGAUAAAAUCUUGGCCAUGGCUGGAGGUCAUUCACUUUAUGGCAGAAAUGCCUGGUUCAUUUAGGAGGCUGGCAGGUUGUUUUGAAUUCAACAAGUUGUGUGUUAAUUGGCAUCUAAAUCUAGCAUGAUUUAAUUAAAGCACACACACACACAAAACCCCCCAAAACAAAUAAUACCAAAUUACAGCAAAAGCUGUAAUAAAUAUAAUAAAUGUCCCUUUUGUUUUGUUAAAAAUCUUAAACUUGAAACGUUGGUUUUGGAAAACUUUCAACUUAGAGGAUUUCAUUUAUCUGUGUGUAUAUACAUACAUAUUCUGUAUGUAUACAUACCCAUUAAUGUUUCAUGACCCUGUGACAUUUUGUUCUUUUAAGUUAUGUGAUUUGGCCUUAAUGAAGAAACAUUUCAUUUAGCUCAAACUGUGCAUUCAGGGUCUUAGAACAGAUUUCCUGUGCAAGAUAUAAUUAAAAUUUAGUUUAAUAAACCAUAAGUCAAAUUUUCUAAGAGAUUUUUUUAUAUUUAUUUGCAUUAUUGUCAUUUAAUUCAAAAUAGUUUUCAGAUAUACAACAGCUGUUACAAAUAUAUACCAGCAAUAUUCGUACUUUAUUCUUUAACAAUCUGUUGUUUUAUACUUAUUACCUUUCAUAAGAAAAGGUCUUUCCCUCUAUGGAAAAGCUCAUUACAGAGAAAAUACUUGUUUUCUAUAAUAAAUCAAUUGGAUUGAUGCCAGGUUGGAUUAAGAAAUACAAAGAAAUAUCUGAAGCUUUUGGUAACUCUUCUCUAUUAAUUUUAAAUUAUGUUACUAGAAAUCAACCUAAAAUGUAAAGUGUGAAAAGCUAACUUAGAAGUAAGAUUUUUAAAUAUAAAAAUAUUUUGAGAACCUGGAGGGAGAAGUGUAUAAUUUAAAAUCCUGACCCCUGCCACCACUCUUAUUCUCCCAGUUACUCUUCUGUGCCUGUUUAUUAUAGAGUCGGAAUUUUUGUGCUAGAUGAGACCCUAUAAAUAAUCUAGCUAGUCACCCAGUGCCCCCUCCCCAAAUAUCUAUCCUCAGGAAACUGAGGCUUAAAAGGUUGUGACAUGAUCGAAGUCACAUAACUAAGAAGCAGAGCCAGAAUAUAACUCCUGUCUCUCGUCAAAUGCAUAUUAACACCCCACUGCCUCCCUGUACUCAUACUAUGGUAAAUGUGGUACGUAACACUCUCCAUUUCUGCAGUUUCUUUACAGUUCUGGUCUAGUAGUUGGUGAAUACAGCACAUUAAGAAAAGUACUUAAUCCAGAAAAAAUGUAGAGUAAUAAACAUAGAUGGGGAAGUGUUGGAAAUGUAGGUAUCUAUACCACAGAUGUAAGGAUAGAUACAUUUUUCUUAUUCUAAUUUAUGCCUUACUAUUUUCUGCCACAUAACAGUUGUAUGCUGCCAUUUUGUAGUUGAUUAUAUUUCUGGGGAUUUAUUUAAAUGCAAAAAUAAACCCAAAGAAACGGCUUUGAUCAGUGUUUCUAGCUAUUUUAAAGUAAUUGAAUCCGCCAGCUUUCACAGUCACCUAGGUAGCAAGUUAAUUGUGUUGCACAAUGGAGUAUUUGCAAAGUAAAGAUUAAAUAAAUUUUAUUCCAUUGAUUUCUAAUGUUGAA